CUGGCGGGUAAAAAACUAGUUAAUUAAAUAGUUUUACAACAUGCCCAUAAACAUAUCAUUAAAACAACCCCUCAUCCAUCUAGACAUCUCAACGGCUUAAAAUUUAAAUGCCCUCUCCCAAUAUUCAAUUACAUAUAAUCUCUCUUCUAUAUAUAGAUGCAUUGCUUUGAUCGAUGAAAACCCAUCAUUCCUUCAUCACGAAAAGAGAAACCCAAAAAUGGCAGUGGGAGAAGCAGCUGCAAUGGUCGAGCCGCAGCUAGUGAGCAACAUUAGCGACGGGAAGAGGGCAACGGCGACGAAAUCGCCAACGUUUUCGCCACCGGAGGUUUCGUUUUUGGCAACGGAGAAAAAGAGAAUUAGCGACGGCGAGGGGCGGCCAAGGGUGAGGAAGCUGAAUGCGUACGAUAGAAUCGCGGUGGGCGCCGUCGCCGGGACACAUCUGAUGGCAAUGUGCGCGCCGUUUUGCUUCAGCUGGGAUGCGUUUUGGCUGACGGCGACGCUGCAAUUGGUGACGGGGUUGUUUGGGAUUUGCUUCUCGUACCAUCGGAAUCUCGCCCACCAGAGCUUCAAGCUCCUCCCUAAAUGGCUCGAGUACUUUUUCGCUUACAUCGGCGCCCAUGCCCUUCAGGGGGAUCCAUUAACGUGGGUGAGCAACCACAGGUUUCACCAUCAAUACACUGACACAGAAAGAGAUCCACACAGCCCCAUUGAAGGGUUUUGGCACAGUCAUAUGAGCUGGAUCUUCGAUUCAGCCAUGGUUAGAGAGAAGUGCGGGAAACGAGACAACGUUGGGGACAUGAAAAGCCAGGCCUUCUACAGGUGGCUUCGUAGGACUUACGCCUUUCACCCACUGGGACUUGCCCUUAUCUUGUAUGCCCUUGGUGGACUGCCCUACAUCGUUUGGGGAAUUGGCGUGAGGGUAGUGGGCGUUUACCACGCCACGUGGUUUGUCAACUCAGCCGCUCACAUAUGGGGAUCUCGAGUUUGGAACACCGACGACUUGUCGAGAAACAACUGGUGGGUGGCAGUUUUGACACUUGGAGAAGGUUGGCACAACAAUCACCAUGCGUUCAAGUACUCGGCAAGGCAAGGGCUGGAGUGGUGGCAGAUCGACAUGACUUGGUACGCAGUGAGGUUACUUCAAGCCAUGGGGUUGGCUUAUGACGUCAAGCUGCCGAGUAAGCUCCAAAUGCAGAAGCUGGCCAUGAAAGACCCAAACCAGUAGAUGAUGAACAACUACUUCAGCUUCAUAUAUAUAAACACACAGAAACAUGAAGGAUUAAAAUAUAUUAAUGGUUGAGAUAUUUUGAGAAAGGAAAAAUCUAGAGGAAAGGAGAAGAAGAGUUGGACGAGAAAAAGUGGGAAGAAAGGAGAAGUGUCUAGAGAAUAAUAAAAAAAUUAAUAUUUGUGCAGAUUUUUAGAGGAAUAAGGCGGUGGAAGAGUAGUAUAAAUAGGUUGGGUAUGAACUUGUGUUGUGUGUGGAGUGAAGUGAGCAGAGUAAGAAAAGAAAGGAAGAGAGAGACGUGAGUUUGUGUGUAGGUGGAGUGGUGAGAGAAAAUAAGGUGUGGUAAGGUAUAGAGUUGUAAGAGUGAGCUUGAGAGAAUUGUUAGUGUGUGAUGUGUCUCAAAGUCAUAUGUGUGAGCUUGUUAUAAUAUUACAAGUUAGUACUUGUAUUAAUAAAAGUUGUAUUUUAGCUCACUAAAUUCAACAAGUGGUAUCAGAGCCAAGGUUAUGCUGCGUAUGCCUGUGGUUGCAGCCUAGUCUGAACUUCUACAUAAGAAAGGUAACGUUGAGUAUGCUCUGUGGUUGCAGCUAAGUCUGAUCUUCCACAUAAGAAAAGUUAUCCUUGGAAUAUUUGAUACAUUGUUGAAAAGCUAACGGUCUAGGACCGUAGUUGUGCUACCAAUCCGGGAUUGGUAAAGCGAACCGUAGUUCUGCCAGUGUACACAGUCUGGGACUGUGAUUCCAUUUGGUCUGGGACCAAGUUUACAUCAAGAAGAGUGUGAUUAUGGAUGCGGUUGGGAGCAUCAAGAAGCUCAACAACCAGAAUUACAACACAUGGGCAACGUGUAUGGAGAAGCUCAACAACCAGGAGAUUCUGGCAAAGAAAGGAAACAACGAGUCUACAGAAAAUAAAGAGCAAGUACUCUUCACCAGUAGACAAAAGGGUCGGUUCAUGAAGAAGAACUACCAGUCCACGCAAAAUAGAGAGGAGGAUCAACCAAGACAAUGGAGGAGAAAAGAAUUCCAGUCUAGAAGAUUCUCACCACCAACUUUGUUCUAUUCAUCAGUGCCAACAAAUUAAUCACUUCAGG